AUGGCACAAACACCCGCACCGGGGGGUGCGGGCGUCGCUGCCACUGGCCAAGAUCUAACACGGCGUGUGGAAUCCGAGGUUCACGAGAAGAUCCAACGCCAUGGAGGGGAAUCAACCGAAUCGACAGACAAAGGCUUCUUUGACGAGAUGAAAGAACAAGAGCGAGACGAAAUCACCUAUCUCGCGCGGCAAAUAUCGCAAAUCUCACGCCGAAGUAGCCUGUCAUCUGGAGAGCCUAUGAAUUCAUUUCUCGAUACCACUACCGACCCCGAGUUAGAUCCAAAUUCAGAAAGUUUUAAUCAGAAGAAAUGGGUGAAGAACUUACUGCAUAUUACCUCUCGCGAUCCAGAGACGUAUCCUCGUCGAACUGCUGGUGUUACCUUUCGGAAUUUGAAUGCCUACGGUUUUGGAACUGCCGCGGACUAUCAAGCUGAUGUCUUCAACACCUGGCUGAAAGCGUUUGGCUAUAUACGCGGUCGGUUGGGGCUGCGCAAGAAGAGGCGCAUAGACAUCUUGCGAGAUUUUGAAGGAUUAGUCAAGAGUGGAGAGAUGCUGGUUGUUCUAGGUCGACCUGGAAGUGGUUGCUCAACAUUACUGCGAACGCUAUGUGGAGACACACACGGUCUCUGGCUCGACCAAGGAACCGAUAUCCAAUAUGAAGGAGUCUCCUACGAAGAAAUGCACAGUCGAUUUCGCGGAGAAGUUAUCUACCAGGGCGAGCAGGAGAUUCAUUUCCCCCAAAUGACAGCUGGGGACACCCUACUCUUCGCCGCUCGAGCUCGCGCCCCUGCCAAUAGACUUCCUGGUGUAAGCCGAGAACAAUACGCAAUGCACAUGCGUGACGUCGUCAUGGCAAUCCUAGGGCUAUCUCAUACCAAGAAUACUCGAGUUGGAAAUGAGUAUAUCCGUGGUGUGUCUGGUGGUGAGCGUAAGCGCGUCAGUAUUGCUGAGACGACUCUGUGCGGUAGUCCUUUGCAAUGCUGGGAUAAUAGUACUCGUGGUUUAGAUAGUGCGACUGCUCUUGAGUUUGUUCGUACUCUACGGACCUCGACCAAGUAUUCAGGCUCUACCGCAAUCGUAGCGAUUUACCAAGCCGGACAAGCUAUUUAUGAUAUAUUCGAUAAAACUAUUGUUCUGUAUGAAGGUCGCCAAAUAUACUUUGGCCGCGCUGACGAUGCAAAGCGCUUCUUUAUCGACAUGGGUUUCCACUGCCCCCCACGACAGACCACCGCUGAUUUCUUAACCUCUCUUACAAGCCCCGCAGAACGUGAAGUUCGUCCUGGUUUUGAAGGUCGUGUACCCAACACCCCUGACGAGUUUGCUGCUCGUUGGCGCGAAAGUCCAGAAAGACAAGCUUUCAUCGCUGAAAUGGACGCCUUCCAAGCAGCGCACCCAUUAGGAGGCGAAAAGUACAAGGAGUUCACCGAGUCUCGCAAGAAAGAAAAAGCCAAAGGAACUCGCGCCGCCUCGCCGUAUACCUUGACCUACCCCAUGCAAGUCAAGCUUUGCUUCUGGCGUGGUGCUAAGCGGUUACAGGGUGAUAUGAGUAAUACUUUAGCAGCUGUGAUUGGCAAUAUCAUCAUGUCGUUGAUUGUUUCCAGCAUGUUUUAUAAUUUGCCGCAAGAUACGAACAGUUUUUAUCAACGAUCUUCCUUGAUGUUCUUCGCUAUUCUGAUGAACGCAUUUGCAAGCGUUCUUGAGAUUCAAACCUUGUGGGAUCAAAGGCCUAUCGUGGAGAAGCACAAGAAAUACGCCCUUUAUCAUCCAUCUGCAGAAGGUCUCAGUUCAAUGUUGGUCGAUUUGCCUGCCAAAAUCGUCAGUGCUGUUGUUUUCAAUUUGAUCUUGUAUUUCAUGACGGGCCUGCGUCGUACACACGGCGCGUUCUUUACAUUCUUCCUCUUCUCUUUCACGACAACGCUUACUAUGUCAAAUUUAUUUCGAUUAAUCGGCUCGCUGUCACGAACACAGGCACAGGCAAUGGUGCCGGCAGGUAUUUUCAUGCUCGCCCUCAUGAUAUAUACAGGAUUUACGAUCCCCAUUCGAAGCAUGCAUCCCUGGUUCCGUUGGAUAAAUUACAUCAAUCCAAUCGCCUACGGAUUUGAAAGUCUGAUGGUCAACGAAUUCGGUAACAGAAACUGGACCUGUUCGAAUUUUGUCCCCAGUGGACCGUCUUACAAUAAUUUACCUGAUCAAUCAUAUAUUUGUCAGGCUAACGGUGCUGUUCCUGGACAGACGGUCGUUCAAGGGAAUGACUAUUUGGCGACGACCUAUCAGUACUCACAAGGCCACUUAUGGCGUAAUUUCGGCAUCUUGGCUGGAUUCUUCUUCUUUCUCUUGGUUCUGCUUAUUAUUGCUAGUGAGCUUGUCACCGCUAAACCAUCGAAGGGUGAAAUCUUAGUUUUUCCACGAGGAAAGAUUCCCAGCUUCGCCAAGAACAGAGGCAAAAAGGAUGACGCAGAAGCGCCUGUCGAAAAUACCAAGACGAGCGUUGAGAAAAAUGGACAUGAUGAGGUAGCUGCUAUUGCUCGACAAACAUCUAUUUUCCACUGGCAAGACGUGUGCUACGAUAUCAAGAUUAAGGGCGAACCCCGAAGAAUCCUUGAUAAUGUUGAUGGAUGGGUCAAACCAGGCACGCUCACGGCACUUAUGGGGGUCACUGGCGCCGGAAAGACAAGUUUACUGGAUGUAUUAGCCAACCGCGUUACCAUUGGUGUUGUUACGGGCCAGAUGCUGGUCGACGGUUGCCCACGCGAUUCAUCUUUUCAACGAAAAACGGGAUACGUGCAACAACAGGAUUUGCACCUUGAGACUUCAACUGUUAGGGAAGCGUUACGGUUCAGCGCCCUUCUUCGUCAACCGGCGUCGGUUCCGAAGGAGGAAAAAUAUGCAUACGUUGAAGAGGUUAUUAAGAUGCUGGGUAUGGAUGAAUAUGCGGAAGCGGUUGUUGGCGUCUUGGGCGAAGGUCUCAAUGUAGAGCAGCGCAAAAGAUUGACAAUUGGUGUCGAAAUUGCUGCUAAGCCUGAUCUGUUACUAUUCUUUGACGAGCCUACAUCUGGUCUGGAUUCUCAAACUGCAUGGAGUAUCUGUCAAUUGAUGCGAAAACUUGCAAAUCACGGUCAAGCCAUCUUGUGUACCAUUCAUCAACCGUCCGCCAUUCUCAUGCAGGAAUUUGACCGUCUAUUGUUCCUCGCAAAAGGAGGGCGAACUAUCUACUUUGGCGACUUGGGCGACAGUAUGAGUGAAUUGAUCUCCUAUUUUGAACGAAACGGCUCCUCCAAGUGUCCUGAAUCAGCGAACCCAGCUGAAUGGAUGUUGGAAGUUAUUGGUGCAGCACCUGGCUCUAAAGCAGACAAGGACUGGGCCGAGGUCUGGAAGGGUAGCUCUGAACGUGCUGUUGUUCGUGAAAAACUUGCUAUUAUGAAGGCGGAUCUCCAAGCUAAGGAACGUCCCGAGAAUGGCGCUGGUUGGUCGGAAUUUGCUAUGCCUCUCUGGUACCAAUUCUUGGUGAUUGUUCACCGAAAUUUCCAGCAGUUCUGGCGUACGCCAGGCUACAUUUAUGCCAAGAUGACGAUGAGUGUAGUUCCGACAUUAUUUAUAGGCUUUUCCUUCUGGAGGGCCGGAACUUCAAUACAAGGCCUCGAAAAUCAAACAUUCGCCAUCUUCAUGUUUCUCACAAUGUUUCCUAACCUGAGUCAACAAAUGAUGCCUUAUUUCGCACUCCAACGCUCGUUAUACGAGGUUCGUGAACGGCCUAGUAAAGCAUAUUCAUGGAUAGCAUUCAUCCUGGCAUCAAUCGUGGUUGAGAUACCCUGGAACUUAUUCAUGGCUAUACCCGCCUUCUUUGCAUGGUACUACCCUAUUGGAUUAUAUAAGAAUGCAGAACCGACAGAUAGCGUUGUAUCAAGAGGUGGAACAAUGUUCUUAAUUAUUCUGCUGUUUAUGCUAUUCACCUCGACCUUUACAAUGAUGGUUGUUGCGGGCAUUGAUGACGCGGCUACCGCUGGACAAAUAUCGCAAUUGAUGUUUUCGUUAUGUCUUGUGUUUUGCGGCGUGCUCGUCACUCCCGGCGCCCUCCCCGGAUUCUGGAUCUUCAUGUACCGCGUCUCCCCAUUCACGUACAUAGUCAGCGCGGUAUUAUCAGUCGGUCUGGCCCAAACAUCCGUCGAAUGUUCCUCUAUCGAACUCCUUACUCUCUCCCCACCCAAUGCCGGCGAAACCUGCCAAUCCUUCCUCAGCAACUACAUCUUAGACGUAGGCGGGCGAAUAAUAAACCCCAACGCUACAGAAAACUGCCAGUUCUGUUCCUUAGCUACUACAGACGAAUUCCUGGCCGCUGAGAGUAUAUAUUUCAGUGAGCGGUGGCGUGAUAUCGGAAUUCUGUUUGCGUAUUGUGGGUUUAAUGUUUUGGCUGCUAUAUUUUUGUAUUGGUUGGCUAGGGUGCCGAGGGGAAAUAGGGUGAAGGAAGUGCCUGGUGAGAAUGGUAAGGAUCUUGUGGUUGUGAGGACGCGCAGUCGGAGGGAGGUUAAGGAAGUCAAAUGAUUGAAUCGUCCUUGUGAUUUCUUUCGAGGACUGUGGUGACUGUGGAAGGGCCUGGCCUUUAUAUCUUAGAAACACAAUGACGUUAUUUGUAUAUAUUUGUCCCAUGUAUCUAUUAGAAUCCAUUUUCUGCCCUCGAAUAGAUGUCCUGGAAUUUGUUCGUU